AUGGAGCUGAGAGGUGUUUUUAUUCUGGCAAUGAUUGCCUGCUGCCAUUAUUUAGCUUUCCCGGCUGAUGGAAGACCAAUAAAAUCAACAGGUGAUCCAAAGCAAAGCAGCCAAACUGAGGAAUCUGCCAUGCACGAAAAUGGCCAUGAACCUGCAGCCGUCGAAGGUGGCGGUCGACCGAGUUUCGCCGGCCCUCGUCCGGGAAGAAAACAAGUCCUGCCACCUCCUAUGCCAAGUAAAAGCUCGGGUUCCAGUGUCUCGGUUGAUGGUUACAAAGAUGCUUUUCGACCCACGACACCGGGGAACAGUCCGGGUGCCGGACAUUCAUUCGGAGAAGAUGAUGAAGAAACUGAACAAAAACCUGUUGGAAGAGCUAGCUCCAAUAAUGGUGAUAAGGAAGGAUUCCGACCCACCAACCCAGGGCACAGUCCUGGAGGUGGACAUGCUUUUGUGACCAAAAAAUCAAAACCAAAUGCCUAG